AUGCAACAGAAUAGAAUGGAGGAGUCAAUGAAUAAACUCAAUCAGUGUGCUGCUGAGGAGUCCAAGUCAAAGGAGUGGCCAGAUCUGAUCAAACAUCGAUCAGGUGGUCAUCAACAUCAACAUCACAUAUUGACUCAACUCAACUCCACAGUUGAUAUCAUCAAUGCAUUGCCCCAACUCUCAAAUCUUCACAAGGAUUCACAUAUCAUUCGACCAUUGAUCAUGAGCAUGUUGGACGCCAUCACAUUUGUAACGAGAUGUCCACAUAAUGAUGGAGGCAAGAUCAUCAAUAUUGUUCAGUUGUCGACAUUGCCUGGCGUGAAGAUCACCUUGACAGACCUGUUGUUGGCAUUGCUCAUCAUUGCCACAAACAAGUGUAAAACUCGACCCGUGAUACAGCCUGGCACUUGCAUCAUUCCCAUUCUUUACGAUCAGGACCUACUCAAUCACAUCGCUGGCAUGAUCGUGGAUGAUGUAGAUGAUGACAAUGAUUGUAACAUGACCAAAGUGAUCGAUCACUAUGCCGCUUUGAUGAUUGGAUCAAUCAAUCAGCUGCCGUACCACAAUCAACUCAACGAGCGAUAUCCAGAGAUGUUGAGUAAGUACCAACAUAUAUCAUCAUCGCUUGGAAAUGCCAGACUGGAGGACAGGAUGAACAAAUGGUUCCUCGUUGAUGGUGGAAAUCGCAACCAUACCAAAUAUGCCAAGUUGAUCUAUUUGACAAUGAUACAAGACAAGCCUCAUUCCAAGUUACUCAACAACAACGAACACAAACAAGUGGUGUUUGACUUCAUCAUCACUAUCAAUAGCAACAGUGUGAGCUGGACCGGUUACCUCCCUCCUUCCAACAUGAUAAGUGAUGUGUUGGAUAUUGUGAUGAGGGGCCUGGAAGAUGAUCAACAACAACAACAACGAGUUAUAGAAUGCCUGGAGAAGGAUACACAUCCAUUUACUCUCUUCCAAAUAUUGAUGUGCCACAUCAAGCCAAUCGAGCCAUACUUUAACAAGUACAUUAAUUCAUUGCCAGAUCAAUAUGCCAACACAUUGAUCAAGCUGAUGGGUCCAUCAUUCCUCAAUUUCAACUUUGACUUUCAGAAAUUGAGGUCAAUGAUCCUGCUCGAUGGGAUCACAAGUUGUUACAAGGAGGCAGGUAAACCACUCCCAUAUCAAUUGAUCAAUAACAGAAAUAUCUUCUUUACAAUCGACUUGGACAAGAUCUACAUUCCUUAUGUUGAGAAACAGGAACAAGAUCAUUUGAUAGCCAGAGGUCUAAUAACUGCAUACGAGAUCACAAACAACAUCAACCACUUGUAUCAAGGUUUGGUUUUCCUUCUAUAUCGCACAGCCCAAGAUGAUCAAACACUGACUCUGAACGACAUAGUCAUCAACAAAUACUCAUCGGAGCUCAAGGCCGUCAUUGGCGAUCCAAUCGAGACAUGGAUCCAAUACAUUGAUAUAAUGAUGGAUGGACGUCAAACAUAUCCACCACGGCCACAUGUUACCAUCAAUGGCACCAAGUUACAGGAUCAACUCAUCCAUGUUGGACAUCUCACACGCCCUGUGUUCCACUUCCUCAAGUAUGCCUACCUCAUGCAGACUCUCGGCUUCAACUUCAAGCGAUGCAAACUGUUACUCUUGAGCACACUUGACCACCGCGCAGACGAACAACUCAUCAAUGAUCAACGACAACUCUUCAAAGAGUUCAAGAGGAAUCAAUUGUUGAUCACACCAUCAUCAAGAUCACGAUCACGAUCACCAUCACAAUCAUUGUUCACACUUCCAUUGAUCGUUGUCAACAAGAUUGUCCAAGAUUGUAUUCUUGGAUGUGGAGACGAGCUUGAUCAAACAUGGCUGGUGUCAUUGUCAACGGUCAACAGUCACUUCCACAAGGCAUGUGCGAUGACACUGACACAUCAUCCACUUCCAAUCAGACUUGGAACAUCAACCAAUCAUAUUGGAUCACGAUAUUGUCUCUUCCAAGACACACCCACUCGACUCCAUUCAUUGGACCUGGUUCAUAUCCCAACUGACAGACUUGGCCAUUGGAUGGAGCGUCUCAUCCAUCUAACAGUGAUAUUCACCAGAGAGGAUUGGUAUUAUGACAACGAACAUGAGCGUCCACCAGCGUUCAUCAUGGUGCACGCGUCACAUCUCCAACACAUCAUAGUUGAGGAGACUGAGUUCGGUGACCUGGGGUCAGAGUUUAAUAUGAUGGUCGAGGAGAUAAGGAACAACGAGUGCAAAGAACGCGACACUUUCGUAUGCUUGGCUUCGAUGACCCUGACAUUGGGAAUGGCCAAGAUCCAAAGAGACUGA